UUAGUUCCACCUUUUAAGUGAUUGAUAUAAUGCCAAACAAUGUAACUACAUGUAAUAGUAAAGUAAUUAUACAAUCUGAAACAAUUUAAUCAAAGUUAAAUCUUUUUGGUGUUUGAAAUAAAUUAAUACGUAUUUUAAUAGUAGUAUAAAAAAUAGUUUUGUUUGUCCGUUAACAUAACCAAGGAUAAAUAAAUAGGCAUUUGAAUGAUAUUUUUGCAAUCACAUCACAUUUCAAACAAAAAGAUUUUAUGCAAAAUAAGUAAAUCUAAACAAGCAUUUAAAAUAACAAAAAUAAUAAAUAAAUGAAAUGUAGGCCUAAACAAAUAAAUCAAAGAAAGAAAUUCGAUAUUUAUUGUCGUUUCCUUUUAUUUCUAGGUACGUCCUUGAACCUUUUCCACAGAGGACUGACUAUUUAUCAUUUGAUUUCAUCUAAAUGUCGAUAAAUAAAUAUUAUUUGUUUUAUAGUUUUCAACAAGUAAAAAUGAUUUGAUAAUACUAAAGUGUAAUUAAGAAAAAGAAAAAAUGAUGUCCUGCAUGAGCGCUGAAUUAGAACAUGGUUGUGCUUUAAGACCUGCUGGUUGUCCAUCACCUACCAGCACUCCCGAAGAAUUAGAAAGAAGAGCUUUAAUUCAAAGAAAUGAUUUAUUAUUGCAUGAAGCAGUCAUUAAAAAUGAUACAGAAAGUGUUAGAAGAAUCUUAAAAGAACCUGUCGAUAUAAAUUCGAGAAAUAACUAUGGACGUGCUCCUAUUCACUGGGCUGCCUCUCGCGGUAACAUCGACAUUAUGGAAAUGUUAAUAGCGGCCAAUUGUGACAUUGAAGCUCGCGAUAAGUACGGAAUGAGACCUUUACUAAUGGCAUGUUGGCAUGGUAGUCGUGAUGCUGUACAGUUACUUAUCAACACAGGAGCUUGUUCUAAUGCCACCAAUAAGAAACACUAUACUUUGCUAAUGUGUGCAGCUCGAAAUAAUCGAAUUACAAUUGUUGAUUUUUUAAUUGAUACUUUGGAGGAUACACGAGUAGAUGCCGUAGAUAUUGACGGUCAAACUGCCCUAUUUCAUGCUGCGAUGGGUGGUCACAUCGAAAUCAUCAAACGUCUUAUUGAUUUGGGAGCAAACUUGAAUAAAAAAAACAAAGAAAAUAAAACAGCUCUACAUGUGGCUUGCGAAAGAGGCCAUUGUGACGUCGCCGAUCUUCUUCUCACUCACGAAGCCGACAUGGAAGCCAAAGAUACAAACGGAAAUACUCCACUUCAUGUCGCCUCCCAAAAUCAACAAACUGAAACAGUGCAUAUACUUUUGGAAACAGGAGCUGAUCCCGAUUGCGAAAAUUUGAAAGGAUCCACUCCGUUGCACAUAGCGAGCAGUUUAGGAAGUAAAGGAAUUUUAGAAAUUCUAUUGCAGUACGGAGCUUCCAUCAAUAAACAAAAUAAGAAAGGAAAUACAUCCUUACAUAUAGCUUGUCAAGCGAAUGUUAUUGAAAUCGUAGAAAUUCUUAUAAGCAAAGGAGCGGAUCUUAAUAGUCUAAAUGCGAGAUUGCAAUCACCUAUUCACAUUGCUGCAGAAAUGGGUCAUACGGAAAUUUGUAAAGUGCUUUUAGCGGCAGGUGCAGAUAUCGAACAGCGAGAACAAGGAGGAAGGACUCCUCUUUAUAUAGCGGCAAGAGGAAGUUUCACGGCCAUUGUCGAUAUGAUCAUUAAAACGGCUCGAUUAGACUAUCCUGCACACGUUGAAGAUUUAAAAGGUGAAAAAAAUAAAAAAGACAAUGGUUUUAAGCAAUCAGCUCGAAGUAAAUGGCGAUCGACAAAAGAAGACAUCCGCGGCCGUGAUAACGAAAGACUCAAAGAAAUUCUUUAUAAAGUGGCUUACAAACAACUAGGACCUAGCGAAUGGAAAAUGUUAGCGCAUCAUUGGGCUUUCACCGAUGAGCAAAUUAAAGCGAUCGAACAUCAAUACAAUGGUCCGUCAAGUUAUAAAGAACACGGAUUUCGAAUGAUGUUGAUUUGGAGUCAUGGAUUAGGACCUGAUGUUAAUCCGAUUAGAGAACUUUAUGAAAGUCUGUCAGCCGUUGGAAAAAGACCGUUGGCUGACGCACUCCGAAGAAAAAUCGAUCAAGAAAACGAAACAAGACGAAAAGGCAAUCAGAAAACUUGUUGCACUUUAUGUUGAGAAUUUUUCACAUCUUUAUCUUAUGAAACUAACAUAUCUCGUGAUUUUACCUUAGGCAAUGGUCCAAAAAUAAUAAAAAAAAUUAUAAAACUAAAACUACUACAAUUUUGGACAAAAUGUAGGUAAUCGGAUAAAAAACUGUGAUAAUAUGUAUUAGAUAUAAAUCAUUUUACUUUUAAAAACACGUGCCACAUAAUAAUUAAAAAAAAAAACACUUUACAAUUAAAGUACAACCACCAAUAUUUUCUAAAAUUUGACAGAUGAUAAUAUGAUGAUCAUGGACCAAUAUAACAACCAUUUUGUUCAAAAUUGUACAAAGACGUCAAUAAUAAAUGAAUAAUUCUAAAUAACUAUUUAUCAAGUUGAAAAUGUACAUACAUAAGUGAAUAGUAAAAUUUUUUUAGAACUUUCUCUACCACUAGGUAAUAUGAUAAUAACUUUAUUAGCUUUUAAAUAAUUAAUAUUUUCAUAAAAACUACUUCCAUUUUCAAACAAUCAUUUUACUUAUAAGA